UGAGAUAUAUAUUGGACUGCUGUUAUUUCUCAAACUAAGCAGUUGCGGGAUGGAGUAUUUCAGCGUCAUGUCGCUUUAGCGAGGAGACCCGCAAAUGUUGUCCAGGCUGUCGGCAAGUGGCUACUCGCCAGCCGGGGAGAUGUCACCCUGUCCAACGAGGACCAACUUAGCAGUGAAGUAUUGUUCGUUAUGGACGAUAUUUGGCGAAGAUGUCGACGAACAACAUCAAAGCCACAGGGUCAGCAAACAGUAGUAAUACUGAAAAACGGCUCAAAACAAAGUAAACGUUGCACGGGGAAGAUUGGCAGCAACAUCAGCUGAAUUCAAGCGCAGGAGAAGAAGACGCGUUUGUUGUUCCUGUCGCGGUGUGUCUUCAGUUUCUCAUCGCACCGCAGUGUUAGCACAUUUCAAUAAUGUCCAUCGAAAUAGAGUCAGCGGACGUGAUCCGUCUGAUCAUGCAGUACCUGAAGGAAAACAGCUUGCAUCGGACAUUAGCAACACUCCAGGAGGAGACAACAGUGUCCCUUAACACUGUGGACAGUAUUGAGAGUUUUGUAGCCGAAAUUAACAGCGGUCAUUGGGACACUGUACUUCAAGCUAUACAGUCCCUCAAACUCCCAGACAAGACCCUAAUCGACCUUUACGAACAGGUGGUUCUUGAGCUGAUUGAACUGAGAGAGUUGGGAGCUGCCAGGUCUUUGUUGAGACAGACAGAUCCCAUGAUCAUGCUGAAACAAACCCAACCUGAGCGAUACAUCCAUCUGGAGAAUCUUCUGGCUCGCUCGUACUUUGACCCCAGAGAGGCAUACCCUGAUGGUAGCAGUAAGGAGAAGCGCAGAGCAGCCAUUGCUCAGGCUCUGGCCGGUGAGGUCAGCGUGGUGCCGCCCUCACGUCUGAUGGCUCUGCUCGGACAGGUGAGUGAAAUAUUCCUGAUCCAGCAGCCAUCUCGUGGAUCAGUUUUCAUAGCCAUGUCUAGCAUAAAGUUAAUGUGUUUGUCCGUAAUUGUCUGUGUCUUUCUGAAGUCUCUAAAGUGGCAGCAGCACCAGGGUCUCCUGCCUCCUGGUAUGACCAUCGACUUGUUCAGAGGUAAAGCAGCCGUGAAGGACGUAGAGGAGGAAAAGUUCCCUACGCAGCUCACCAGACAUAUCAAGUUCGGUCAGAAGUCUCACGUGGAGUGCUCGCGCUUCUCUCCUGACGGUCAGUAUCUGGUCACCGGUUCUGUGGAUGGAUUCAUCGAGGUGUGGAAUUUCACCACCGGAAAGAUCAGAAAGGAUCUGAAGUAUCAGUCCCAGGAUAACUUCAUGAUUAUGGACGAUGCCGUGCUCUGCAUGUCUUUCAGUCGAGACACUGAGAUGUUGGCCACGGGAGCUCAGGAUGGAAAAAUUAAGGUGUGGAAGAUCCAGAGCGGCCAGUGUCUGCGUCGCUAUGAGCGAGCUCACAGUAAAGGUGUCACCUGUCUCAGCUUCAGUAAGGACAGCACACAGAUACUAUCUGCUUCCUUUGACCAGACCAUCAGGAUUCACGGGCUGAAAUCAGGCAAGUGUUUGAAAGAGUUUAGAGGUCAUUCUUCAUUCGUGAACGAAGCCACGCUUACUCCUGACGGACAUCACGUCAUCAGCGCCUCUUCUGAUGGAACCGUGAAGGUAUGGAACAUGAAGACCACGGAGUGCACCAACACGUUCAAAUCUCUGGGGACGUCUGCCGGUACGGACAUCACGGUUAACAACGUGAUCCUGCUUCCUAAAAACCCUGAACAUUUCGUGGUUUGUAACCGAUCCAACACUGUGGUCAUCAUGAACAUGCAGGGUCAGAUUGUGAGGAGUUUCAGCUCUGGUAAAAGAGAAGGAGGUGAUUUCGUGUGCUGUACCCUGUCACCACGUGGAGAAUGGAUCUACUGUGUAGGAGAGGACUUUGUGCUUUACUGCUUCAGCACGGUCACAGGAAAACUCGAGAGAACCUUGACUGUUCAUGAGAAGGACGUCAUCGGUAUCGCCCACCACCCACAUCAAAAUUUGAUUGCCACAUACAGUGAGGAUGGACUGCUCAAACUCUGGAAGCCAUAAUGUCACGAUCAUGUGACUUCUGCAUGGGGUUUCUGAUUGGUUGGGGCUAGCAGGAAAGCACAAUUAGAUGUGUUCGACUUUGCACUCCGAUCCAAGAACCGGCAUAUGACAUUAAAGUAUCUCAAGAGUGAUUUGGAAGCAGUCGACUCCAUUUGAUUUCUCGUAUCGCCCUCGCAGUACUUGGAUGUCAUCCGCCGAUCUUGCAGUGCUUUAAAAAGUCAAACACACUUGUUAUCUUUCCUACCUUUUAUGCCAUUUUUUUGUACAUACCUGUUUUUUUAGUGCAGUGAAAAAUCUUUCGUUUUUCUACAAAUUUUCAAAGUUAAACAAUUAGAUUUUUUUGACGUCUGUGUAACUUAUGUUGUAACAAACUUUUGUUCUUUAGAUCUACCACCAAAUGAUUCCUUUCCAUUAAAUGUCUCAACUUUACAAUUAAGACUUUUGGUUGUCUCUUUUAUGUUUGUGUAUUUAAGUAAUGUUGGUUAGGAGAGGUUAUUUACACAAUGCUUUGUGUUUUAUUCAUAUUUUGU